GAGGCAGCGCAAGCCCUCACUUCUCAUUGGCUGUCUGCAGUUCCAGAGUCCUAAAAAAAAUAAGAGUAGUAAACGAAGCGCGUGCCUGAAGAAAAUCGCAGGGUUGAAGAUAAGCGUGCAUCUUUUCAGCACCGUUACCCGUGGAUAGCAGAAGUUUAUUCGUCAACAAAACACAUAUCUGGUGAACGUGGAAGGAGGCGAUACAACCGCCUUAGUCUUACCACCAUUUUGUUGAUUUUCUCAGCCAGUUGGCUGUUGUGUUUGAGGGGGUAGUAGGGUCGGAGAACGGAGGAAUUAAGGAGCAAUUUACUAGAGCUUUUGUUCGCCUGUUACGGGGCUGCAAGUUAGCUUGCUAGCUGUCUGCCCUCGGUUGAAGCUUUACAUAGCCAACUUAGCUAACUGUGGGCAGUAUUUGGUGAGAAAGAGUAAGACAACGUUAAUGUUAGAAUUUCCUCUUUUUUGACUCGACUCUCUCGGUUUUUGGUAUUUUAUUUAGCGGGAUCCCGGAUCGGACGGAACAGGAAUAACUAACCGUGGCUGAGGGAAAUCUAGAUUUUCUCUCAGAUUUCAUCCCACAUAGUCGGAGCAACUUUUGCCGCCGUUUGGUUCAGGUUGUUCCAGCCUGUUAGCUUAGGUGCGCUGCUUGCUAGCUGGCUAAGUCUAUUGUGUUUGUGCCCCGGUGUUAUUCCAGCCGUUCCCCGACCCUAGAUCCCGCGCUCUCGCACGCUCCUGGCCCCAGCGCAGCCCGAGCUUUCUUUUCAGCAGAUUUUCGGUUAGUCGACGCGACUUAUUCAGAAAGAAAUAUGUGUUCCCGGGUGUGGUUCAUUACGGACCGCAGGAUCCACCAGGAGUAUCCCCAAGUCCAGAUUCUCCGUGCCCUGAAGCAGCGAUGCGCCGAGGAUGAUGUCGAAUUCCGAUAUCUCCUUAUGGAUCAGAUUGUCCUGACCAUCACGGAUGGCCAACUGGGCCUGCGCGUGGACCAGGAGAUGGUGACGUCAUACCCCCAGGUUGCCGUGGUGCGGGUCCCCACGCCCUGGGUCCAGUCGGACAGUGACAUCACGGUCCUGCGCCACCUGGAGAAGAUGGGCUGCCGUCUGGUCAACCGGCCCCAGGCCAUCCUCAACUGCGUCAACAAGUUCUGGACCUUCCAGGAGCUCGCAGGCCACGGAGUGCCCCUGCCUGACACCUACUCCUACGGAGGACACGACAACUUCCGUAAGAUGAUUGAUGAGGCUGAGCCUCUCGGAUACCCUGUGGUGGUGAAGAACGCUCGUGGACACAGAGGUAAGGCGGUGUUCCUGGCGCGGGAUAAGCAGCACCUGUCGGACCUGUGUCACCUGAUCCGCCACGAGGCUCCGUACCUAUUCCAGGAGUAUGUGCGCGAGUCGCACGGCCGAGACGUCCGGGUGGUGCUGGUUGGAGGCCGCGUCAUCGGCUCCAUGCUGCGCUGCUCCACCGACGGACGCAUGCAGAGCAACUGCUCCCUCGGCGGCGUGGGCAUGAUGUGCCCUCUGAGUGAGCAGGGCAAGCAGCUGGCCGUGCAGGUGUCCAACAUCCUGGGCAUGGACGUGUGCGGCAUCGACCUGCUCCAGCUCAACGACGGCUCCUUCGUGGUGUGCGAGGCCAACGCCAACGUGGGCUUCAUCGCCUUCGACCAGGCCUGCGGGCUGGACGUGGCAGGCAUCGUGGCCGACUACGCCCUCUCGCUCCUGCCCAGCCGCCUGCUCACGCGCAAGAUGUCGCUGCUCUCUGUGGUGUCCUGCGCCAGCGAGACGGGCAGCGAGCCCGAGGGGUGUGCCCUGCCCCUCCCCCUGCCCCCUGGACCGCCCGAGGCCGCCACCGAGGCCGUCUGCACCAUGAGCGUGGGCUCCACGUCCAGCGAGAGCGACCCCGAGCUGGCCGAGGUGGUGCCCGGUCCACCGCCGCCCCCCACCUGUGCUCCACUGUCCACCGACAACCAGCCGUUCAUCUACAACAACCUGCGCGCUAGCCACAUCAAACUGUUGACUGAGUGAGAGUGGACGCUGGGAGAUGCACACACGCACGCACGCACACACACACACACACACACACACACACACACACACAAACGGGACUGGCAUGGUGGAAUAUGCUGAAGUGCUGAUCAGUAAACAUUUCUGAAGGACACACUCCUAACACACACACACAAACACACAGAAGCUUUCACCAUAUAUCAUACCCAGUGUCCUAAGCAAGUCUGCAAGGUGUGAAUACACAUAUACACACACACACACAUUCCUUGUUGUACUAACUGAGCUGAGUAGAGGGGCUGCUUCCCUGGGCGUGCGGUGCAAAGUGUGUGUGUGUGUGUGUGUUGUGGCAUGGUGUGCUAGGCUAUGCUAGGCUAGCUGAGCAAAUCCCACCAACUCUGGAUGCUGGGGUUGACACCUGCCUGGGUGAGUGCGGUACAGUGUGUGUGUGUGUGUGUGAGUUCCUCUGGAUUGGGCUGCUGGUGUUGACACCUCCUCCUACUCCCUGCCCAGGUGACGUGUGUUUGCCGUUUGUGUGCUGGCAGAGUGGGUCCAGGACGCCCCCUUACACACAUAAACACACACACACACACACACAGCAGUCACACCACACAGAUGUAGCCUUCCUACACAUGCACACAUACACACGCACACACACACACACCACAGAUUUAGCCUACUUACACAUGCACACACACACACACCAUUUAAGACACACAAGAUGCAUUGUUAGAUAUUAAGUGUACAUUGAGGAGUGUAAGUAGUAGCAGAAUUAGAUCACUCUUCUUCCCAAAAUGGACACACACACUCACCCCUCAUUUUAACCAAGCACUUUCUCACACACACUUACACACACACACUGGCCUGUCUGAUCAUCACAGAGGCUCUUUCUAAGCCACAACACAGCUAAAUACCUCAGAACCCCACUAGACACUGCAAUGCUGAAACACACACAAACACACACACCUGACAGGAGCGCCGUGUCCAGACCUUUACACACCCUCCACUCAGCAGGCAGUGCUUGAAGUGGAUCUAAAGACGCACACACACACACACUCACACGUGUCUCUUCCAAAUGAUGUGGGAAGUCCUCUCCCAGACACCAUCAAAGCAGCCCAGCGCGCUGUUGCCAGGGCAACGCAUACCCCUCUCCCCCAGGUCUGCAUGGCACUCACCGCCACCAAAGCACAAGCCAUCUGCCCUCAGUGUGUACGAGUGUGUGUGUGUGUGUGCGUGUGUGUGUGGCAGGCUCAGACCCAGGGAAGCAGCCCGCCUCUCCUCUACCCCCCUACAUGACGAACCCCCUCUAGUUAGUGAGGCGUGAGAUGGGCCGGGGCUGCAGACAGACAGACGGACAGACAGAUGGACAGAGAGAGAGACAGACAGAGAAGUUGCCCUGUACCAUAGAGGUGGAGAGACACAUUUGCCCCUCUUGCUCGUUUUUUUUUUUAUUUUAUAUAAUGUUCAGUGUUUUAUUUUUCUUCUAUUUCUCUAAUUUAUGGUAAUUUUUUAAGGAAAAAUGAUUUGUGUGUGUGUGACUAAUCUGUCUCAGUAAAAGAGAUCUCCGCUGUGAAGAUUGGCACCUGGGGGAGCGCUUUACAGCAUCUGGGGACGCUUUAUAGCAUCUAGGGAACGCUUUACAGCAUCUGUGUGAAGGUUGGCAUCUGGGGUAAGUUCACUGGACAGAGAGGAGGGUGGCACUUCCUGAGUGCCCCCUUGCCAUAUCCAAUCAGCAGUCAGGACUCAGAGCCCCACUUGGCAGGACCAGGAUGUAGUCACCUUCCAUAAGGAAGCAGAAAGGACAACCAACAACACCCCCACCCACCCUAUCAGUCUGUGUUGCUCCCUAGUUGGACAUGAAGUACUCUCCAGUGCUGUCCUUCCCUAGGGAAACAUGAUUGUUAAUCUUUAUCAUAACCAGAAAUAGAUGACUCACAAUGUGUGUGUGUGAGCCUGGGCAGAUAGAGCGAGGUGACGUUUACACACGCGCACACACACACACUCAACCGAAGCCCACAUCAGCUCCAUAUCGAACACCCUUGACUGUGUGUAGUCCUGCUGGCCAGAGAGACUCCCUCCAGCACACUAGGAGAGAACUAGUAGCUUUACUGGAUAGCAGGGGUAACUAGAGGAUGCUGGGAAAUGUAGUUCUACAGGGCCAUGAUGGAAAGUUGAGGGAAAUGAAGGAAGUUAUGGUUGAGUUUUUUUCUCAGUAGCACUGACAUGGUGGUGGUGAUCAUAGUUAUGCUGGGUAGUAUUGGGAGAGGAUUAUGGGAAAUGUAGUUUUACUGGGUUGCGCUACAGGAAGUAGUGAGGCACAGAGGCGACAGGGGAGGGUAGUAACACUACAGGAACAAUAGAACACAACACUGCAAUGCCAGCAGCACAGGAAUAAUAAUAAUUAUACUAUAAUAAUAUAACGUGACACUGUCGGGUGGGCUGGACUACGGCUACAGCGCUACAGUACGAAACAAACACUGCCGGGUGAGUGGCAGGACUGCCAUUCUGACUCAACACUGCCAACAGCCACGAGUGUUAGUGGGGCUACAGAGCUCAGUCAGGGUGGGGCUGGAGUGCUCCCUCGGGUUCUGACCCUCCCCACGUGCCCCGACCCCGUAGCGUCCCCUGUGGUCAUGACUCAUUUCCCCAUUGCUGCUAAUGUACAUUUAGUUCUAUUAACCUCCUGAUCUUUACAAAAGGGAAUUUACACGGGACCGCCCGGGCAGAGUCCUGUGUAAGGUGCGUGAAGAGACGACAUGAUUGCCAAACAAACCAACCAACCCACCCACACACUCCAAACACUCAUACAAGCAAUGUUGUGUAAUUUGAUACUAGAGAAACCAGUAGUCCUACAGUUCUAACAUUGACGUUAUGUGUAUUGAUUCUGAAUACUGAGAAAAAAAUGAGAAUAAUAAAAACGUUGUUUGACCGAA